AGAGAGAGAGAGAGAGAGAGAGAGUAGAGCAACAAGAACGAUAGGGUUCACCUCUUUCGAUCGCAAAGGAACACCCAAAAGCAGAUUUUCAGAUUAACGUUAAAAGCUCCUCAUCAACAUGGCGGCCAACAUCUACCGGCCUGAAGUCAUGAAAAGAUUAGUUACGAGAGAUCUGCCACCAGCUCACUACACAUUCAAGAUUGAAUCAUUCUCAAAAAUCAUAAAGAUAUUUCCAGGGGACAAAGAGCCCAAGUAUGACUCAGAGGUUUUCGAAAGUGGUGGCUAUAAAUGGAAAUUAUCUUUCUACCCAAGUGGAAGAAAAGAAUGGGACGGCGCCGGAAAUAUUUCACUCUACUUGGUGAUUGAAGAUACAGAUUCUUUACCUCUUGGUUGGGAGGUUAAUGCAAUGUUCAAAAUGUUUGUGUUGGAUCAGAUUGGGGGCGACUACUUGACCAUCCAAGAUGAUAAUGGGAAAAUAAGGCGUUUUCAUGCAAUGAAAACUGAAUGGGGAUUUGCUCAAUUUCUCCCCCUUACUAUGUUUGGUGAUGCCUCAAAUGGAUACCUUCUCGAUGAUUCCUGCGUAUUUGGUGCUGAGGUUUUUGUCAUUAAAUGUACUGGUAAGGGAGAGCGUAUGUCCAUUUUGAGUUCUCCAAUCACAGGUUACUGCCGUUGGGACAUUGGAAGGUUUUCAGCAGUAUAUGUGGAAUCUUUGUCAAAAGAGUUCAGAGUUGGGGAACGUAAAUGGGAGUUGACGCUAUAUCCGAGAGCAGUUUCAACUGACGAUGGUGAAAGCUAUAUCAAGUUAUUUUUAUCAUUGUCUGAUUGGGAAACUCCUCCCCCAAAAGGAAAAUUGUAUGCUGAAUAUACUCUACGUGUAAGGGACCGAAGGGUGGAUGGAGAACAUGUGGAAGUAACAGAUUGUAAUUGGUUUUCUACCUCAACAAGGGGAUAUGAUUACCCAAAGUUCCUGUCGCUACGUAUGCUCAAGGAUUCAUCGAGGAGCCUUCUUGCAAAUGACCUCUUGGUGGUUGAAGCACAUAUUGAUAUAAUAUCUGUGGUCAAGAAGUUUUAAUGAAAAAAAAAAUGAACUAGGCUGCAGCUUUAAUGGUUGAACUUGUAAUAAUACAUGGAAAAACUACUCUACACAUGUAUAUCAGGGGCUUUAGUCACAUUCAAGUCGUAACUUCUAGCCUCGGGCUUGUAUUAAUUAUUUUAUGCUUGCA